UCUGACUUCCGGCAGUCGGACAUCCUUUUCGUGCGCGGAUCAUUUCUUCGUCCGGCAGCCGAAGUCAACGCAUCUCCAGGCGAAUCGCAUAGCAUUCUCCGUGCCUUUGAUGAGCCCCCUGAAAAAUCUCAUGGCUGAGGAAAUGGAGAUCACUGAAGACGAGAGCCCCUCGCUCAUCAGCUCGGCGCGGAAUCCCAUUAUGCCCGGUUCCCCCCGUUUGCGCAGAGGGGAUAUAAAGGGGUCGACCAUGGCCAGGGUGCCCAGGCCUCCUAAAGCGCCGGAAUAAGCGUACCCCUAGGAAGCAGCUUGAGGUUUCUAGCAUAUCAGAAUGCUGCAGUCUCUCCAGACGCGCUCAGGCGGCCCAUACCCUCCUACCACGGCUGGGCUGGGCGGAUCCCCAGACAAGAUCCCCGACAUUCCUGUCUGCGCAGUGUUUCUGAGUCUUUACAUCGGAUUCGCGGUGACGAACAUGGCUAUCUUCCAGAUAAACCGUCGAAGACAGCACAAGUUCGUCCUCUCUGCCAUGCUAUUCGGCUUCUGCAUGUCGAGAAUAGUCACGACGAUCCUCCGCAUUACAUGGGCAACCAGACAGCACAACAUCCGGCUGGCAAUGGCAGCGCAGAUCUUCGUGAAUGCCGGCGUGCUUCUCCUCUACAUCAUCAAUUUGAUCCUCGCACAACGUAUCCUACGCGCGACACAGCCUCGUGUUGGUUGGCACCCCAUCCUACGGAUGGGCUGCAGGGUCCUGUAUGCCCUCAUCGCCGCCGCCCUGGCAAUUGUUAUUACCGGCGUGAUCCUUUCAUUCUACACCUUGAACACGCAUAUUCGAACGAUAUGCCGGGACCUCCAACUAGCCGCCAUCACAUAUCUCUUUGUCAUUUCCUGUCUUCCAUCCCUUCACAUCGCCGCAGCAGUUUUGCUACCAAAGUCGAAAGAAGCGGAAACGUUUGGAGAAGGCAGCAUCGCGUCUAAAUUGACCAUCCUCGUGCCGACGACAUGUCUAGCCAUGUUUAUCGCGGGAUUCAAAUGCGGGACAACCUGGAGUCCUCCACGGCCAAUUAUCCACCCAGCAUGGUAUGAUUCGAAGGCGUGCUUUUACAUUUUCAAUUUCACCUUUGAGAUCCUCAUUCUCUGCCUCUUUACUUUCGGCCGAUUCGACAGGCGGUUUUUUGUUCCGAAUGGUUCGAAGCAGCCUGGUGAUUAUACACGGCGAGGCAAGUGGAGGCCCGGCAGCGACAGGACUCGUUUGUCUUUGCCGAUAGAGACAAGUAUGUGAGCCAUUGAUCAUCGGUGAAGUGUCCGGGGCGGUUUUUGUUAUAUCUUUGCAUUGGUAAAUCAGUGUCUCCUGCGGGAUUCUAGGAUAUGAUAAAGGUUCUGUUUCUAGAGAGUAGAUAGAUUAGAACUGAUUGACAGCAGUUGUGUCCUCCAUUUCGUAGAAUUUAGAUCCAAUAAACACCUCUUGGUGAGAAUUCGGCAGAUCCGCGUCAACGACAUACCUGGCUUGUUCCUAGGAGGUGCUA